AUGAGGCUCGAGGCAUCCGAGAAGCAGCACCGCUACCACAACCUUCUGGACGAUGACCACGCCAAUGAGAUGUUAGAGGGCGAAGGCGCGGGGCUGGCGGCCCGCGUGGCCGAUCUGGAAGUCCGCUGUGCUCGCCAAGCGGAGGAGCUCCUGUGCCUUCGCUCCACGCUCGCUGAUGCUUUGCGACGCCUCAAUGCCUUGGAGGGCAGAGCCCCUCCUACAACACAGAAAAACGGCACUUACACAGGGUCAACAGGCACUCCAACACGAGAAGUACGCAUGAGGCAGCCCUCAUACCGAGAAACAGCAAAGAGAACCUCUAGUUACGGAUCCAGCGUCUCAUCUCUACCACAAAGGCGCGGCCCUCAGCAUCAAUCAACGGGUUCUCUCCAGUCAGACUCCCCAGCGUCCUCAUCAUCACUAUCGCCAGCCCCGUCGCCAUCACCACGAGCCACGCCCGCACCACAUUUAGCGCCAUACCCCCCACAGCCCUACAGAUCGCGAAAUAACUCAACUUCGAGCAACCAGAGCGCCUCGCCGGCGAACCUCACCAAGCGAUGGAACUCCACAGGCGACUUCAACGCACAGGGCCUUACAGCGAAUAGCAGAUUUACAACAACAAAGUCGUUGCUAAAUUUGUAUUCUAAGCCGUCGCAAAAUGGACCCAUAUUGAAACAUGGUACACAUACGUGUCAGUACAAUGAAGAGGAGGGCUCCAUGCGAAUGUUCCUGCGCGGGCGUCCCGUGGUCCUUUACGGCCCUUCAGACUUGGACGGUCUGGACCCGGGCAAGGUCGCCCCACCGCCACAGAACAAACUCAAACUAGAAUGGGUGUAUGGGUACAGAGGUAAAGACUGUCGCAACAAUUUGUAUCUCCUCCCCACGGGUGAGAUAGUGUACUUCGUGGCCGCGGUGGUGGUGAUGUUGAACGUGGAGGAGCAGUGCCAGCGGCAUUACACGGGCCACACGGACGACGUCAAGUGCCUGGCGAUACAUCCCAACAAACUGAUCGUCGCGAGCGGACAGUGCGCUGGACAUGACCGGAUAGACGCGAGGCCGCACGUACGCGUGUGGAACUCAGUAUCGCUGGCAACACUGGCGGUGUUGGGCGGCUCUCAGAUCGAGCGGGGAGUGGCCGCGCUAUCCUUCUCUCGGGCGGACGGCGGGAGCCUGCUGGCGACCGUCGACGACGCACCCGACCACACCAUCUCCGUGUGGGACUGGCAGCGUCCGGACAAACACUGCCUCGCCGACACCAAGUGCUCAGUAGACACAGUAGUCGCAGUAGAAUUCCAUCCACUGGACCGUAACCAGAUCGUAACUUGUGGCAAGAACCACAUUGCCUUCUGGACCCUGGAUCAGACCAACAUGCUAUAUAAGCGCAUGGGAGUCUUUGAGAGUCGCGACAAACCCAAAUACGUUACUUGUUUGGGAUUCAACCCUAAUGGUGAUGUUCUAUCCGGAGACUCAAACGGAAAUAUAAUUGUGUGGGGCCGUGGUACCAAUACCAUUCUGAAGAUGGUGAGAGGAGUCCACGAGGGAUCCAUAUUUACGCUGUGUUGCCUUAAAGAUGGCAGCGUAUUGUCUGGAGGAGGCAAAGAUGGCAGGGUUGUCAUGUUUGAUUCCGAAAUGAACGCAACAGGAAUGGAGAAUGUGAUCGAGGGUCAUUAUGGUGGAGUGCGUGUUGUUGCCGAGGGCAGGGGCAGUCAAAUCUACAUCGGAACUACAAAGAAUUGCAUCUUGCAUGGAGAUCUGCAGCUUGGCUUCACACCUGCUGUCCUAGGUCAUGUGGAUGAAUUAUGGGGUCUCGCUACACAUCCGACGCUGCCUCAGUUUGUGACGGCGGGUUGGGACAGAUUACUACAGCUGUGGGACGGUCUGAGUCACUCCACGGUUUGGAGCAAGGAUAUUGAGGAGCGUGCGCAGUGCUGCGCGUGGUCGAGCGAUGGCAGCGUGGUGGCGGUGGGCGCGCUGUCUGGCCGUUGGCUCGUGUUCGAACCGACCUCGCGCGACCUGCUCGCUUCGCACCACGACGGUAACGAGCCAAUUCAGACGAUUCAGUACUCACCGGACAACAAGUACGUGGCGCUCGGCUCUAGGGAUAACUUCAUCUACAUCUACCAGGUCGACGAUAACUGUUCCCGUUACUCCCGACUCGGGAAGUGCUUGGGUCACUCCAGCUACAUUACACACCUGGACUGGUCGGAAGACAGCCAGUACAUAAGAAGCAACUCCGGAGAUUACGAACUACUGUACUGGAACGCGACGACGUGCCGCCAGAUCACGAACCCGACGUCGAUGCGCGACGUGGUGUGGGCCACCAACCACUGCCCCAUCACCUUCACCACCAUCGGCGUAUGGCCCGAGGGCGCCGACGGCCCCGACAUCAACUCCUGCACCAAGUCUCAUGACGGACGCUUGGUGGCGACUGGCGAUGACUUCGGCAAAGUGAAACUCUUCGCGUACCCAGUCACUCAACCUAAGUCGCUAUGCCAUGCGUACGGAGGGCACUCGUCCCACGUGACGUGUGUUCGAUUCCUGCCGGAUGAUUCCCGCCUACUCAGCACCGGUGGUCUGGACACCGCAAUAGCGCAAUGGAUCGUCGAUUGA